AUGGCGCCGUAUCCGACAGCUGAAGAGAUCUGCAGCUUUGCCUCAGCAUUGGGCACAGCCGAUCAAUCACCUUUCUUCGAUCGAGUGUCUCCGAAUGUCGUUUGGGAUGUGAUGGGAACUCACCCAGCCGCAGGGCACUUCACCAGUCUGGACGCUUGGAAGAAAGGCGCGCUCGGCGUUGUCAACAAUGUGCUGAAGGAACCUAUCAAGCUCGAGCUCGUCAACGUGUUCGGUGGUGGUGAUCAAGAAUGGGCAACUGUUGAGCUGAAAGCAGAUUCGGUCUGCAAGAACGGUAUGCCGUAUCCACAGCGGUAUGCAUGGCUCUUGAGGUUUGAUGAGAAAGGCAUCAUCGUGCAGGCCAGGGCAUAUCUCGAUUCGGCACUUGUGCAGAAGGCUGUGGAUGGGAAUUCUGGUGAGGGUUCAUCGAAUCUUCCAAAUUGGCCAUGA